GAGAGAAACACGUACACCUCUGUACGCUCGUACGCCGUCUGUCCACGGCGCAUGAACGCAACCGCGAGCGACCCCCGGCGGCGGUGUCCGCGGGUGUAGUGUUCGCCGUUGUAUAGAACGCGUAGUCGUUUGGCGAAUCGAUUUUCGAGGUUUCCCGGAGUCUACGCGGCAGUGUGUCGUCGUGUCGCCUCAGCCGCCGUCCGGUCGCCCCCGCAGUCGUUUCGAAACGCCGGCCGACGUUGUUUGUUUGUUUUUUUUUUUUUUCGUCUCCUGUUCUUCUCCUCGCCUUUUUCCGCGAACCCGCGAUAAAAAUAUUCCCGGCGGCGGUGCGUUAUCGUCGUCGCGGCCAUUUCGACGCUGCGGUUCGCGCGGACGGAAAACAACACGGACGAUUAACAGCCGCGGCCGUUACCAUGUUGUGAACACGCCGUCGUCGCCGAUUUUCGUUCGACCGCCUACAACGACAAGCGUUGCCGCCGUUCUACAACCGCCGAGUGAGUAUAUAGGCCGUACGCGUUUCGCGCGCGAUAAUAUUUACGCGCGUCCACGUCGCCACGUCGCGGUACGACGAGGGAGCCGAGCGCGUGUGGGCGACCAAACGAAUUUCCGAUUUUUCGGGGCGCACGCGAACCGCGUUCACUCUGUACAGUGCAACGCGAUAAUACGGGGGGAUACGCCGGACACCGCGCGCGGACGAACGGCGCGUUUCCCGUGUCCGCGGCCCGAUUGCCGAUAAUAAUUGUUGGCGUCAACGAAUACAGUCCGGUACGCCCGACAACAACAACAAACGCGGACUCGCGGCGUGCGACAUUCGUUUUCGAUGUCCGGGGCAACGGCUCCUGCGUCGCGCCGCGCUGGCACAACAGCGCGCCGGCCGUUUCGGGCCCAAUCGCGCCGCCGUUUUGUGUCCGACCGCCAACGGUAUAUUCAUUACAAUGUACAGAGUGGUUUUUUGCAUUUUUUUUUUCUCUCUUUCUAAGCGCGUUCACUCCGUUGUUGUCUACACGCCUCACCUAACCACGGCGAUACACGGUGUCGCGACGCUUAACGCCCCGCAUAAAUAAUCGAUUUAUCAGGUUUUCGUAUAUUACGCGCGUGCAUGUUAAACGCUACACGCGUUACAGCGUUAUUUAUUGUUCGUAUAUUUUCGUGUAUUUUUAUUGGCAAAUAUAACAGUACACCUAUUUGCAUUGUAAUAUUUACCCGAGCACAACCGAUACAUUUUCACAACGACAAAAAUCGAUUCGAAUAAAUCCAAAUUUUCUGAUGGAGUGUACGAAUUAGCGUAUUCUUUUGUGAAUAACAGGGGGCGGAUCUGCGACAAGAUGACUUGGUGUGAGAGGGGGGGGGGAUGGUAGUUGAAAUUCAUGUAAGCCGCUCGUUUACAAUGGAAAUUGAGCUAAGAAUAUAUCGGUGAACGGGAGAGGGGGGAACGAACGCUCCCCGUUACACACUUUGAAUCCGCCAUUGGUAUAUACGGAGUGUCCCGAGAAAUAAAUCUGACGAAUACAAUAACUCUUGUAUUGUCCGAUAUUUGUAUGGUUUUAAUUUUUUGUAAUAAUCACCAGAGUCUUGCGCUUCUUAUAUUUCUUCAAGAAAUCCAUGAGACAACCGUUUUAUAAUUUGUAACAACAUUUUAAUGUCGCAAGAUAAUAAUUUUCUAAAAAAAAAUGUCUGUUAAAUUAUAAAUAGGUGUAACAUUAUAUUUGUAUACGUUUGUUUAUAUAAGAACAAUAAAAUUCGUUUAAAUAAACAUUUUUUAUUUUUACCCUUACUCUUAAUACCUAAAACGGGUAUACACUUUUGAUUUUCAUUUAUAGGAGUAACGUCUUUUGGUAUUUUGGUUUCUUUUCAACACAACACAUUUUGGAUGUAUGAUUUACUGUUUAUAAGUAAUAUUAGUUUGAAAUUUAGACCUGAAAAGUAGGAUAUGUUAAUAAACUUUACAUAUUAUCCAUUUUAAAAUGAUAAAUUGAUAACCCUUCCUUACUCCUCUGGUUUAAUCGUUAAACUAUUAUAACUCAUAUAAAAUAAAUAGGAUAAUACAAAUAUUCUGUGUUUUGAAAAGGAUAAAGGGGAGGAGGUCGAUGGAGGGAGAGGUGAAUAUAUUUGAAAAGCAAAAAUGUAUACCUACAAAUUUAAAAUACAAGGAGUAAUGCCAAAUAAUGUUAAAAUAAAGCUUGUACAAUUCUUUAAUGAUCGAAAAACAUACAGAAAUUAAAUUCACAUAAAAUCUUCCGAGAAUCACUAAUGAAUGAUUCAUUCUGUAUAUUGUAACCGCGAAACUAUAUGUUCAUACUUGUGAAUAUGAACAUUCAUUGUGACGAAUGUCCCAUUAUUCAUAUAAUAAUAUAAUUAUAGUAAAUAAUUAUUGUAGUUUCAUAAUAAAGUGUUAUAUUUAACACUAAAUAUAUUUAUUUCUAUUUCCCAACGGAUAAAAAAAAAAAAAAAGUUUUUCACUUGGGUACUUUAUUUAUUAGUUUAUCUAUAUACAGGACUAUAUGACUAUAGUUGCACAUAAAGAAGAUAUAUUAUAUGCAUAUUCAUAACGCAUUACCAUUAUAAAAUAUAGUAAAUACCUAACUAAUAAAUUAUACAUUUGUUUGAUAAGUAUGUAGUUUUAAACGUGUAUGUAUUAAGAAAAAAAAUGAAAAACAUUUAAAUUAGCUAUACUUUGAUGUAAAAGAUCGCGAAAAAAACAAUUUACAUAAAUCUUAAGUAACAUCGCGGAAUUAUAUUAUUACAGAAAAUCAUCUUGGGAGACCUUGUGGAUAUUGUAAUGUACUUAAUCUGACCUACGUAUCGUUUAAAGCAUAUAUACUGUUUUUCAACCAUAGUUAUAUUGUUAUUCUCAAGGCACGCACUAUUAUUUGAUGAGAUUUUCAUUAAUAUCGAGGUUUCCUUAAUAUAACCCGGAAGUUCACGGUUCUUCGGCUGAGAAACACCGUGUUGUCGAAGUGUUAAAAUAAUGUUGUAACUGAUUUUCCCAUAAAUUGUGAUAAAUAUAGGUAUAAGUUAUACCUAUGGCUAUAUACUGUAUAACUAUUGAUUAUCAAUAAUUACCACCAUUAACCAAUGGUAUUACGAAUUCAUACUAUUAUUUUAUUAAAUAGUAAAUAUAGUUCUAAUAAACUAUAUAACGUUUUAAUUUAGAUCUACGAUAAAAAAAAGAUCAAUUUAAAAAUCAAAUUUGUAUUUUGGACCCGGGGAAAAAUGGCUUAAGUCAAUUUUGUAUAAUAUUCAAUACAAGCAAAUUUAAUUUUGAAAAUACAUAUACACAUACUUGUAAAGGCCAAUACACUAAUAUAGCGUUAUAAAUGUUUAAAACAACAUUUCAAAACUCUAUUUCAUUAAGUAAAAAAUUCUUAAAAUGUUUCCCAUAGUAUCUACACAAUAUAUAUUAUACCUUCGGCCCGUGUAAAAUAUUUAGUGAACGAAAGUCAAAAAAAAAAAUCAUGAAAUGUUUGUAGAAAACUUAAAAUGAUGGAUUUUUCGCUCUAUAUGUUUCCGUUUAUUUUGUUUUCGCUCGUUUGCUUUCGUUCUAUUGUCGAAAUACCGAAGGUGAAGGAGAAGAAUGUUAUUUGUUACUUGUUAUAAUAACCUGCAUAAACGUUGAACUUAUUUUAACUGUUUAAAAGUAAUGUAAAAAUAAACAAAUCCAAAACUAGAAGUGUAAAUAGUAAGAAGUAUAAUUUUAACAUUAAUAAUAUAAUAUAAGACUGACACUUCGCACGAUUGGCCGUUGUCGUAGGUGAGAAGUUGGGAAGGUAGGAUAUAAAAUGAAAUUCAAUAUAUAUCUGUACGCAACGAUUAAAAGUUGCUAACGAAAAACGAUUCUGAGCGAAGUUCAAGUAUAUGUUUUAAAAGGUUGUAAUAUUUAAAAUUUUCGUCAAAAUUUGAUAUUAAAAUUCUUAAAAAAAAAAAAUUCUAUAUUAUACCUACUAAAUUUUAUUUUUUUUCAUAUCAAACUACAAAGUACGAUUUAUAAUGAACCUCCUGUAAAAUUGUCAAGCAUUUUUAAUGGGUCAAACAAUUUUAUCCACAGAGUACUUACCGAAUAAAAAUAACGUAAAGCUCGCAAAAUUAAAAUGUUUAUAAAUAACUCAAAAAUAUGUUUUGAAAAUUUUAACAUGUUUAGAAAAGGAAAAUAUAAGUGUUCUGUACUAAUUUCAAAACCGAAUAACAACAAUAACAACAAAAAAAAAAAACAAAAUUAAAGGUAAUACUAUAAGAUAAAAAUAGUAAAUUUUCCUACGUUUUUCCCUUUUAUUAUGAAAACUCCUCAGAAAAAUCAAAAAAAAUGGCCUCCCUAAAGUACUAAGUAGAUAAAAUGUAGACUUGAAAAUCGGAGCAAGAUUUCUGGUAGAGAACUUAUUCGGAUAAAAAAAAAAAGUAAACAUCAUUGUAAAAUCAAUAUAUUCUCCUCGCUCCGCUCAGUAUUUAAGAUUCUAAACAUUGAUUUCAGCUCAUGUUUCUGGGAGCUAACAUUUAUGCUUAGAAAAAUUGAACCAAAAAUAAAAAUGAUUGGAAAUAAGACUUUUUUGUUUUAUAUUUUUCUUUACUGGUAUAUAUUUUGUUAAUAGAUUUUGAUAGAAUUCGUAUAUUUUGAAUUAUCUAUUUAACAAGUGAUUAUUUAAUCAAUCGUAGAUCUAUAGUAAACACAUUAUUCAACUCAAAGGAUUAAAAAACGUUUAAAAAAAUUAUAUUUUUAAAAUGUUGAAAAUUGAAUUUGUAUAAAAUAAUUAUUAUAAAUUAUAAAACUUAGCUUUUUUUUCCUAAAAAAAAAAAAAACCCUAAUGUCAAAAACAAAGUUUUAACAUCGCAUUUGUACAUGAAAUAACAAUUUAUGCUUCAAACUUAUAAAUAGGUAUUUAAAUAAUAUUGCAAUUUAGUAGUCAGGUAUAUAGUGUAUUAUAAAGUUUAAUUUAUCUUUAAGGUAUCUUACACAGUUUAAUUUUAAGUUUAAAUGUCACGUGGUUAAUAUUAAAAUUUAUCGGCUCGGUAAAUGAUUUAUUUAUAAUAUAAACGCAGGAGAAAAUAAAUACCAUCUUUUAGGUACUCGACCAUAUUAUAAUAUUUCGUCUCGAAAUAUUUUAAUAACGUGACAUUUUUUCACGAGAAACAUUAGAACUAAAACAUUUUUUUUCCAAGAGAGUUAUUGUUUGAAAUAUUAUUGUAGUGAAAACGGAAUUAUGAAGAAAAAAACAGAACAAGACAAAAGUGUAUAUUUUAUAAUAUUAUGUAUACGUCCGGAAGAUUAAUUGCAAGUUCGUCGGACGUGCGACGCGUCGGUUUUCGCAUAUUGUAAUUCAUUAUUUAUUUUUAUACGACUGGUUGGUGACGGUGAAAAAAAGGAAAUAACGACAUCACAAUAAUAUUAUACACGUAAUAAAUGUAAUUGUAGGAUGUAUAUAAUAUUACAGUUCUCUUGAAAUAACGAACCGAAUAAAGUAUCAAGUAUAUAGUUCAAUUGGAGACUGCAGCAGGGUGUCAAAUGUUCGCCAGUGAUAAUUAUUAUUGUUGUAGAAAAUAUUAUAAUAUUAGUAUUGUUUAAUAAUUUCACAACAAAGACUUGGUUUUCGGUAAAUUAUUAUACAUUAUGGACGGAACAUUUUUUGAACUUAAAUAUUUUUUUUUAUAUACAUAUAUUUUUUGAAAACGUCGUCGUUGUUAAUAUACGCGCUGCGGGAGUUUAUGAAAGGAGUUUUGAAGGGAUUUUUUCUUUAGAUUCCAAACAUAAAGAAGAGAUUACUACAGGUUUUACAAAGAUGUGGUUUUUCUUUAUUUCAGAAAACAAUUUUACGGUUAUCACAAAAAAAGGUCAAAUUUGAUAUAAGUAUGUAGUUUUAAACAUGUAUGUAUUAAGAAAAAAAUGAACAACAUUUAAAUUAGCUAUACUUUGAUGUAAAUGAUCGCGAAAAAAACAAUUUACAUAAAUCUUAAGUAACAUCGCGGAAUUAUAUUAUUACAGAAAAUCAUCUUGGGAGACCUUGUGGAUAUUGUAAUGUACCUUACCCGACCUACGUAUCGUUUAAAGCAUAUAUACUGUUUUUCAACCAUCGUUAUNAAGUGUCAUCGUAAUGUUGUAACUGAUUUUCCCAUAAAUUGUGAUAAAUAUAGGUAUAAGUUAUACCUAUGGCUAUAUACUGUAUAACUAUUGAUUAUCAAUAAUUACCAUCAUUAACCAAUGGUAUUACGAAUUCAUACUAUUAUUAUAUGAAAUAGAAAAUAUAGUUCUAAUAAACUAUAAACGUUUUAAUUUAGAUCUACGAUAAAAAAAGAUCAAUUUAAAAAUCAAAUUUGUAUUUUGGAUCCAGUAAAUCCAGUAAAAUAAUCGUCAAUAGAUCUAACACUACCAUAAAAUAUUUAUAUUAGCCUUUUUUUAGAUGUGGUCAAAUUUUAAAAUAUUUUAGCGUAUUUUAGCUAUUUAUAUGUAAAACUGACAUUUUUGAGUUUUUGAGUUUUUAUUAGGUUUUUCAUACGUAAAAUUGUUUGGCUUAACAGAAAUUAAUGAAAAUUUAACAUUUGGUUUAUUAAAAUUGCAUUUAUUGAUAAAAACAAAGUUGUGCAUAAUGUAAUACUACUUUUUUAUAAGCGUUUCAGUUCAGAUAAUGAAAAUAAUCGUAAAAAUUACGGCAUUUAAACCGUAUAACUGAACUUUGUUCAGAAUCGUACAUCGCCAGGGAUUAUUUAUCAUUACACAGAUAUAAGUUAAAUAAAUAUAUGUAUCCUACCUUCCUAAUUUCCUAUUUACAACAGUUGCUCACCCAUCAGUAGUAUUAGCUUUUAGAUUCUGUGUGAAGCGAGGAAUGUAUUGGUUUUACAAUGAUGCUUAUAUUUUUUAUUAAUUUUUUUCUUUUUAGAUAACUUUUCUACCAACAAUUUUGCUCAGAUUUAUAAUAAUAGCAUAUUCCUGAAAGGAAAUCUAAUUGGAGUAGUACUUUAGAAAGAUCGGUUUUUGAUUUUACCAUGAGUUUUUCCAAUAAAUAGGAAACAUUGAAGAGAAAUAUGGGAAAACAGGAAAAAAACUUAGAGAAAACGGGAAAUAGAUGCAAUGUUAAUCAAAUAUUAUUAAGAAAAUAUAUAAUAGUUUGAAAAUACAUAACCGUAAUUAUUUACAAUACUGGAUAACAGAAAAUUAUUGGUAAUAAAAACAUCAAGUAAAAUUAAAAAAAGUGAUGUAAAUGUUUAAUCAUCGUUCAAUUUUCUAAAAGUGCUUUUAACGUUUCGCCCAGCACAAUAAGUAGUUUUUUUUACUGUUUAUCAAUUACAAAUGUUUAUUUUUAUAUAUAUUUCUAACAUUAAUAUUAGAUAAGCAUGACUUUGUUGUAGUAUUGUUCUAUACUCAUUGUGAUAUUAUGAAAAAGAUGUCACACCAACAUGUAUUAUCACAGUCUACCUAACCUAACUUCUACUUAACGAGUAAUGGGCAACAUAGUAAUAUGUUCGGUAGAUCAUAAACAGUAACAUUUAGGUUGAAAUUAAAAAGUUUAAACAUAAACACAAAAUUUAAAGAGGGCAAUAUUUUUGAGGGUUUUUCUAGGAUAUUAUUAAAUAUAAAAAGGCACAGUAAUGUUACUAAAUAUAAGUCUAAAACACCUUAUAUCCACGCUAAUUGGUUUCUAAAUGUAAAUGUAGAACAUUUUAUAACCCUCCGUUCGCCCCUCCAUUACUAGUACUUAGUUACAGUUGUUGAUUUGAUUGACAAAAAUAUAUUAUUAACCCAAUAUUAUCCAUAACAUUAUUUUAAUACGCAUUAUACCUUAUCUCAUUAGUUCCUUUUCUUUUUUUUUAAUUUACUCACUGAAUGAAAUCAAUUGUUGAAAAAGGUAUUUCCAAAACUAAACCAUUAAAUACAAAUUAUCACAACAAAAAUGAUUGAUAUUGAUUAGUUAACAAUAUUGGAAUAUAAUAAAUAACUGACAAAUUACGCUGCAGUUACAAAAAAAAAAAAAAUGGUUGGGUAAGGUUUGAGACAUUUAUUUAUUUUUUUAACUAACGCUCGCGGUAAUAGAUACUGCAGAAUCAUCACUAUAUACUAUUAUUCGUAUAAUGUAAUAGUACUUUAUAAUUAUUAUUCACACAUUCUUGUUAACUACCUACUAUAUAACAUAAAAGGUUUUAUUUAAUUGUAUAAUAUUAUUUCUUGCAAAGUAUCAGCUAUGUAUGACUAUGAUUUUUAAUCUAUUAUGUAUAGACCAGUCAAAUCGAAAAUUAAAUAAAAUAUAUUAUUAUACACCCAAUAGUCGUAUAUCCAUUUAAUAACAAUAUCGUUUUUCCUCAACGUAAAUAAUGUUGUAAAAAAUAAAUAAAUUUAUUUUAUUCGUUAUUUAUUCUAUUUUGUAUUUGUUUUAAAAAUAUCAAUGAAUGCGAAUAAUCACGCGAUUUACAUUUUUUACUAAUUUAUUAUAUUUGUAUAUUCGUAUGGUAUAAAAAAAAAUAAAAUAAAAUAAAUAAAAAUAAGUACCUACCACUUGGACAUAUUUCGCCUUGCAAUAUACAUUAUUGAAACAUUAUUUAUAAUACUAAACAUGUGCCAAACAGGUUUAUUAUUAUUGUUUUAUUCACAGUUUACAUAUACCACAUUUAGAUGCCCUAUCACGUAGGAUGAUUUCUUCUAAAAGCUUUCGAAGACUAAACGUAAUAUUAUGUUGUUAUUAUUACGUCGCGUAAAUUCUAUUUCUCUGUUUAACAAAAUCUUUAACAAUCGAAUAGUAUAAUUCUGAAAUAUAUUAUAAAAAAGACGUGCUAGGAUAAUGUAGACGGGUGCAGCCACUAUUAUAAGUAAUUUAAUGCAUAUCUGUAAGCAACGAUAGGCGAUAAACCAUUGCUAACGAAAAAACGAUUCUGAGCGCAGUUCAGUUGAUAGUGAUGCUUUGUCAAUAAUAUAUACGUCAUAUUAUGGUAAAAUAAUUAAAUAGGCAUUAUAUAUUUUUUUUAAUAAUACUUAUUUAAUAUUGUACCGAUUUUUCCAAUUUUUCCCAUUUAUUUGGAAAACUCUCGGGAAAAUCGAGAAAUGACCCCCAAAGUACCUUCUUAGUCAGAUUUUCUUUCGGAGAAAAGUGCUAUCAUUUUAAAUCGGAGCGAAAUUGCUGAUAAAAAAAUUAUAUACAGAAAAAAAGGUCAUAAUAUUUUUUUACUAAUACCUAUAUUAUGUAUAUUUUCUGUUUUUCCGACAUUUUAUCCAGGUUUUUCCCAGAUUUUAUUAGAAAACUGCUUGAAAAAUCAAUAAAAAUCUUCUCGAUUACCAAUUACCAAUGUAUUUAUGAAAUUAAUGUUGAGAAAUCAAUUUAUUAGCUAAAAAUAUGAACUACUUAAGUUAGGGAGCCAAUUCAAUAUCCACGAAAACUAUAGUUAUAUUAUAUGUAUUCGGAUUUCCUUCUACCCAUAUCCUUCAAUACAGUGAUGUAGUUUUAAAAAAAAAAUCUUUAGUAUAAGAUAAUCAUAAGUAAAAGGGGUAGUUGGAGUCAGUUCUCACCCCCCCCCCCACAUCCUUGAUCUAUUUAUAGACAUUUAAAUUUUGCAAGUUUUUACGUUAUUUUUAUUUAGUACGUACUUGAAAAUUUGACAGGAAUUUCAUUAUAAGUUGUACUUAGUUUUUACUUUAUCCUAUUACAUGAUAAGCCAAAACAUUUUGACAUUCAUAUAUUUGCAGUAUAAACCAUAUUAUCUGCAGUACAUUACAACUGACUAGAAAAUGUUCAAACUCGAUACUCGUGACACACAGAGUACCGUUCCCAAAAUAUGUAAACAUCAAGAUAAUUAAAUCUUCUAGCUUUUAUUGCUGUAAUAGUAUAUACGAAUAAACAAUAUAUACCAAUUGUUCCGUGAUGUAAUAUUAAGUAUAGGCAUUACAUUUUGUAUGUUAAUUUUGUGUGAUAUAUUUUAUUCAGUUAGAUAAAAAUAAAUUUGAUUUUUGUUUUCAUAAUGUCUUACCAAAAAUAUUUUUCUAUUUUUUAAUUCUAGUCCUUAGGAUCAGUAAAAUUAUGAUUGACGUAUCCCUCCAUUUAUCCCGGCCACUUUGCAAACUAUGUAUUUAUUUCGGUGUCUUUCAGCACUAUUCAUGCUGCAUGAUAACUAUAUGCUUCCUUAUCGUCUUUCUGUCAAUUCUUUCUUUAAUUACAGUUAAUCUAAGAGUUUUCUUAUUAAAUGUCUAGUAUAUUUCUCUUUCCUUUCUCUCUCUCUCUCCUUAAGCUGUUCAAUAUUAUAUUGAAACGGAACUUCUCCGUGUCCAUUUUACGAAGAACCUCCUCAGUUCGUAUUCAUUCUGUUCACGAUGAAAUUCAUAGAAAAGUUUUCUUAUUUUCUAGCACCACAUUUCAAAAACUUCAAUUUCGGCUUUCUCCGUUUUAAAAACUGUGCACAUUUCGGCUUCUUACAGUGUCACACUUAUGUCUAAAUUUAUUGCUUUUGUGGUGAAAAGGUUCUUUUUUUUUCAUAGAAAUAUAUAUGAUUAUUUUGUUACCCUAUAUAUUAUACGUCCGUCAUAUUUCUACAUUUAUUAUGGUCUUACUUUCUUAAUAUGCGGAAUUAUUAACUAUUCCCAGUCAAAUACCUACCGCCUAAUACUAUAUUUGAGUUUAUACGUGCGUAUAAAACUAAUUGAAAUACGAACAGUUAAUAUAUAAUAUUAUAAUUGUAGGCUCAUUUUUUAUUAGUUGGAAUAUAUUAUUUUUAUACAAUUUUAAUUUUUUAUAUAAGUAAUUAUAUUAAUGGCUUCGUGGUAUUAUUAAAAUGCAUUUUUGGCGUUCGGAGUUUGUUUUAUUUUGCAACAAAAUAGUAUACAGUCGGCUACAACGAGUGGGUGUUGGGACGUUCGGCAUACUCGCUCACCUAGACAUAGGUCAGUGUUGAAUUAUUAUCAUUAUUAUACAAUGCAUUCGAAAACGUGUAUAAUAAACCUUGACGAAAUGAUUCCCAACAAAGUUAUAAUAUCUAUUAGCAGAAUAAUUUUUUCUUAAGUUUAUUUUUAAAAUAUUCAUUUUCUACAUGAGAUUUAUGUACUGCAAUAUGUAUUAUUUUAAACGCAAUAAACGCAUUAAGUAAUUGAUAAAAGCCAGAUGACAGGAUAAUAUAUAUUUAUUAAAAAAGACGGACAUACUUCGCACGUGAGGCCACUUUUAUGAAUGAGAAAUUGGAAAGGUAGUUGAGGAAAAAUUCAAUGUAUAUCUGCACGCAAUGAUUAACUAUUGUUAAACGAAAAAACGAUUCUAAGCGGUUUUAGGUUGAUGUGUUGCUUUGUCAUUAAUAUACAUGUCAUAUUAUGGGAAAAAAAUUACAUGUGCAUUGUAUAUUUUCUUAAAAAAUAUUUGUUUAAUUUACCGAUUUUCCUGUUUUUUGUAUAUUUUCCCGUUUUUCUUCUGUUUUUUCCCAGUUUUUCACAUUUGUUGAGUAAACUUCAGAAAAAAUCAAAAAACGACUUCUUUAAAGUACCUCGCCAGUGAAAUUUCUUUUAAGAAAAAUUGCUAUUUUUAAAAGUUGGUAGAAAAGUUGUCUACAGAAAAAAAGAAGGCCUUAAUAUAUUUAUCUAAUAACUACAUUUCUUAUAUUUCCUGUUUUUCUCAUGUUUUAUCUCGUUUUUUCAUAUUUGCUACGAAAAAUCUUGGGAAAAUCGAAAAACGACCUCUCUAGAGUAUCUCUUUACACAAAUUUCCUUUCUAAAAGGUUACACACGUAAAAAAGUUAGGUUAAAAGUUGUCCACAGAAAAAAAAAUAAACAUCUUUGUAAAACCAUAGGCUUCUUUGUUCUACUCAGAAUCUUAAACAAAGUUUAAAGUAAUAAGAGUAUUAUUUUCGUUUAUUUUUCCGUAAUUUUUACGUUUUUUUCCGGUUUUUCUUAAUUAUUAAUAAAAAAAAAAAAAAUCAAAAACUAAAUUAUUUAAUUAUGAACAAGAUUAAAAAGAGCUGAUACUGGGGACGGGUGAGGCCGUUUGAGUGAGAAUUUUCAAAGGUAGGAUACAGAAGGUUAUUUCAUUUAAAUUUGUAAACGACAGUAAACCAUUGCUGACGAAAGACGAUACCGAGAAUAGUUAAGUAAUACAUAAUUUGAAGUGCCGUAUUUUUUUUAACCUAACCUUUCUACGUUUUUUCCCGAUUAUUAUGAAACUAAUUCGAAUAUCAAAAAACGAUAUGCAUCAUUAAAAACAAAAUUAACAAUUCAACAAAAAAGGUGUCUUGUCAUUUUUAAAUUGGCGCCAUAUUUGUGCUAAAAAAAAUGUGGUAGGUACAUAUUUAAAAUAAUGAAAUAGUUAAAAAUCGUAUUUUUGUUUCCCGGUUCAUCCUUUUUAUUCAUAAAUAUCGUUUUGAAGAUCAAAAAAUGACCUAUGUAUUUACCAAGUAAAUAAAAUUGGCUUUCAGAAAAGGUGCUACACGUGAAAUUUGGAGUAAGUUUACUAGGAAAACAGUUGUCUACAGGCUAGAAAAAAAAAAUAAUAAUAAACAGCAUUGUAAAACCAUUAACUCCCUCGCUACGGUCGUAAUCUAAAAUAAAACAAAAAAGGUCUCUUGUCAUUUACCUGUUGGAGUAAUAUUAUCUAUGUUAGAAAACAUAAGCUGUACAAAUUUUAAGUAAUGAAAUCGUUGCGCCGUAAUUUGAAAAAAUCAUAUUUUCCGUCUCUUUUGGUUUUUCCAAAUAAUUAUAAAAAAUCAUUUAGAUAUCAAAAUACGAAUUUCUUUGGCAAUAGCUAUAUAUUAAAAGGGCCAAAAUCGAUCUCUUGUUAUUUUUUGAUUGGAACAAUAUUUGCCUAUACUGGCAUCCAGAUGAGUGGCGAAUAUAACUUCUGUUUAUAACCCCAUUAAUGACCAUAUCAAUUCUCCUUAUUUACUUAAACACAUGCACUAUAAUGUUAUAAUGUUAACUUAUAAUUUUACAUUACAUCAAUAUCAAUAUUAUAUUUAAUUACCUACUUAUAACCGUACAUAAUUUAUAUUGUUUUAUUGUAAUGUAUUAUUUUGUUUCAAUUGUUUUCACGCCCGUUUUUAUUUCAAUGAAUAAAUUAUUAUUAUUAAUAUUAGAAAAACUUUCCUUUCAGAAAAAAUACCACAUUUGAUACUUUGGACAUAAAAAAAAAAACAAAAUAAAACAACACACAUCAUAAUAUAACAAAUACACUCCGAAUCUAAAAACUAAACACGUUUCUAAAAACCAAUAUAUUUUUUGUUUUACUCAGAAUCUAAAAAUAAAUAUACCAUAAUAUCUUCAAGAUAAUAUAUGAAAUUCAUGUAUAAAUUAUAUCGCUGCUCUAUUUAAAAAUAUUUGUGGAAAAGAUACAUUUGCCAAAAACGUGCAAUCCGCUAUUAUAAAGAUUCGAAAAAAAUGUACAAAAAUUAUCGCACAUUUGAGUAAUAACAUAAAAUGUGCGGUCGAGGCCAAGUUUUCCAUUAUUUUUGUUACAAAUAUAGUUAACAUUUAUCUAGAAAAUAAAAAACGAUUAUUUUGAAAAAAAAUUCGGGGAGUUCGAACCCUCACAAAUCGCCUUCGUAUAUGACCUUAAGUGCGAGUAUAUUAUAGAUAUUUCUAUAUGUAUUAAAUUAAUAAAUAGGGUUACGUGACAUUUUGUAAGGAUUUCGUUUACCUAAAUUAUACGACAAGAACGAAAAAUUAUUUUUCGAAUAAAAAUGAAAAAAAAAACACAAUAUUGUGAAAUCCGCUGUGUUGUUUAUCCGUCAUUAAAGAAUAAUAAUAUGGAAUAAAAAGUGUAAAUGUUCUAUAACAUAAUUCGCGAAGGACGUUUUAGGCCUAUAUUAUAUAAUUAUUAUUAUUUAUAAAUUAUUAAGGAUAUUAUAAUUUAUUCUUAAUAAAUACUCAUAUAUUAUAUGUUAUGCAUACAUUUAUUUAUUUUUUUAAAACGAACGCCUAUAACGAUUUGAUAAGUAAAAAAAAAAUCCAGUAUAUCUGCAAUGCAGAUACUUAACAAGUCACUUAAUUAAUUACUUAAAUAAUUAAAUAAAUCUCUUAAAAAAAAAACACACCUACCUCUAUACCUACUGCAUGGAAUUUCAAAAUUUCACGAGCCUAGGGCGCCGUCAUGAUAGUAUGUUUUUACAAUAUAGUUAGUCUAUAAAAAACGUACAUAUUAUUAUUAUUUUAAUGAACAGCCUCGUUGGCCAUGAAUCAUUUUCUAUAAAUGUAUAUUUUUACAAAUACACGUACGCAUAAAAGGUUUUUAAUUUAAUAAUAUGUGUACGUGUAACAAAAUACUUAACAGAAUUAGUAGCUAAUAAUAAUUAUCGAUUAAUAAUAUUCUGAAUAAGGUGUUUAUUAUAUGUAUUUAAACUAUGACAUUCAUUGAGAUUAACCUAUAUGUAUUAGUAUUUUAAUAAAUUAAUGUGAGUCUAAAAAAAAAAAUGCAUUCAUUUAUAUUUAUACACAAUAUAUACAGUGUUUCAAGUCUUAUAGUUGUUCUAUUGUUUUCACUUUCCAACGAGGAUUUAAUGUUUUUUUUUUUAUAAAUCGUCACGUUCUGUACUUACCUAUAUAAUAUGUGUUUUGAUAGACGUGCAAAAUAUGAUACAUGCGUUUUAUUGUGUACGAUUAUAUCUAUUCGGCUAUGUGUAUACGAAAAACAAAGAAGUACUUACGAUAUUUGUAUAUAUGGAUAUACAGGUUAGUCUAUACUUAUAUUAAAUAUUAUAUACAGGUAGAUACCUAUUAUAUAUCUACCUAUAUAUAAUAUUAUAUUUUGUCUGUUCGCCAUAUCUGAAAACUGGAUGCAUAAAGAAUUUUUAAAGUUUCGCAAGAUUCCUCAUAGUUUACCAUUAUAUCAUUAUUUCCCAUAUACAUAGUGUCCGUGUUAAUUCAAUAAUAUAUUUAUAUAGUAUAGCUGUAGCCAUUAAAGUACAUUAUCUAUAUGAUAUGUAUUUUUAUUUUUUAGCAUACGUAUAAUGUAGAUAUUUUCGUAUCGAUGAUAAUUUUUUUCUAAAUUAAUCAAAAAAAGCAACCGGACGCGAUAAACCCGUAUACCUAUACAGAUAAAAUAAUUUAAUACCGCGUCAUUAUCAAUAACGCGUAGAGAAAAAUUGACGAAAAAUCGUUAACUCAAAAUUAAUAAUAUAAUUUAAUAAUGUUAAUAUAUUUUAAAAACUUAAGAGUUCAUAGCUAAUGUAUUUUUUAAAACUAUUUACAGGCAAAAAAUAACUAGAUACUGCGUAUAAAUAGGUAGUAAACUAUAUUAUACCUAGGUAGUUACAUAGAUAAGUUAGGUUAGGUCCUAUCUUAUUUUAUUGGAAUUUUCUACAAUAUCUAGAUAACCAGGAAGGUACAAAACACUUUUGACUAGUUAGUCCGAAAUUAUUUCAAAACUAUCUCAAACCGUUAAUAAAUAAUAUAUAUUUUAAUGUAAUAAUAUUUAAAAAUUGUAUAUUAUUAUAAAAAUAUAAUCGAAAAGUACAAAGCAUAAUUGUGGACAAAGAGAAGUUUUAUUAAUUAUGACGAUAGCCGAUGACAUUAUGACAUUAAAUGUACGACAAAUUAAAAAUAUAAGAUACCCAUUAUAACAAUUUGUAUAGAUCUACAGUAUAUAUAAUCUGAAUUAUAAUUUUUACAUAGAGGAAACUGGGUACGAUUGUAACAUUUUUUUCGUAACAUUUUUAUUUAUCUAAUAAAUAGGGUUUUAUUUUACUUUUAAAGUUUUGAAUAACUAAAAUAGGUGCUUAUUAUAAAUUUAAUAUUUUACUGUACAAAAUUUUGUAAACUAAAAAAAAAACUGCACUUAAUCAAAGAAGCUAGAAAUAUUACAAUUUUAAUUUAUUUAAAUAAUUAUAAUAUAAAAAGACGUGCUAAGAUAAUGGGGGCGGGUGCAGCCCGUUAUUUUAUAGAUAAUUUAAUGUACACCAGUAAGCAACGAUAAACCAUUGCUGACGAAAAAACGAUUCUGAGCACAGUUCAGUUGAUAAUAAUGCUUUGUCAACAAUAUAUGUCAUAUUGCAGUAAAAUAAUUAAAUAGGUUUUAUAUAUUUUCUUUAAUAUAUAUUUGUUUAAUGUUGUAUUGAUUUUCCUUGUUUUCCUACGUUUUCCCAUGUUUUAUCUCAGUUUUUCUUAUUUUCUGGGAAAACUCUUUGGAAAAUCAAAAAAUGAUCUGCUUAAAGUAUCUCCGCACACCAAUUUCCUUUUAAAAAAGUGCUACACUUAGAAAUCUGAGCAAUUAGAAUUCUGGUAGAAAAGUUAUGCACAGAUAAAAAAAAAAAUAUAUCUUUAUAAAACUAAUAAGCUUCUUCACUCCACUGAAAAUCUAAAAUAUAAAUUAAAUCUGGUUACAAACCUAUGGAAAUUUUGAUCAACAAUUUAAUGUUACAAUUGUCCCUAUUGAACAUUUUUUUAAAUUUAAAUAUUGAGAAAAAUAUUAACUGAUUAGUGUAUUUUGAAAAACACCUACAGAAAUUACAUGCGUUUUAGGUUCUGAGUGGAGUGAAGAAGCUUAUGCAUAAGGUAGCUUUUUUAAAAAACAAUUAAAAUUUUUAAAAAAGUUUAUUUGCAUUUUUUUUUAAAUACAAGUAAACGUUAAAAUCAUUUUGUUUCUGAGCUAUAAAGUUAGAAAGUUUUACAGUAAUGUUUCAUAAUAUACGUAAGGUUAAAAAAAAAUGAAUUUUUGAGUAAUCAGGCCAUUAGUAUUUUAAUAUUCCUCAUUUAAUAUUUAUAUUCAGAAACCGAAAUUUUAUGCAUUUGCAUAUUUAUUAGAUUGUGCACCAAUAUGAGGAUUUGAAAUAUCAACGGUUCAAACCUAAUUUUUUCGUAAGUGUGUAUAAUGAAUAUAUUUUAUACAAUCUGAGUAAAAAUUAUUCCAUCUUUUCAUUCUGAAAAUUGGAAUUUUUAAAUACUGACGAAAAAAAAUGACUGUCAACACGGUAUAGAAUUUUAUCUUCUAUAGUUCGAUAUUGAUAAACUAUUAUAUUUUGACAAAUGAAAUUAUUAAAAAUACAUUUCUAAAGUUGUGUAAAAAUGUUGUAUUCAUUUUUUUACUACACUGCAGCAUAUAUGAAAAAUGUUAAUUGUGAUAUACCAUACUAUAGAUUUCAAUUUACUAGAGUACAAUGUUUCUCUUCUGUCUGACUACAACAGUCCCAUCUGGCACUCUUCAAGGAGGUCAUUUAUCUCCACUCCUAUUCCUUAUAUUUUUUUAAUCUCCUCAGCUCUCUUAAAUAGCCAAUUUCUGUUAUUUACAGAUGUCUUGAAAAUUUAUAUUCAUGUUUCCUCACUUGAUGACUGUCAUAUUUUACAAAAUUAAUUGAACAUUUUAUUUGAUUGAUGUAAAAAAUGAGGCAUAAGCCUAAACAUUUUCAAAUGUUAAUUUAUGAGUUUCUAUAGGUUACCACGAUUACCAAUAAAAUUUGUUUAUUCUAUAAAUAAUAAUCAAUUUGAAUCAUUUUUUCACACCAAAGAUCUUGGUAUUACUUUUCAUAUAAUUUUAAUAAAUAUAUGGAGAGCACUAUUCGGAAAGCCCUAAAGGUUUUAGGAUUUAUAAAACGCCAUUCAUCUGAAUUCAAGAAUCCACGAUCUCUCAUUCUACUAUACAAUGCAUUAGUUUGGUCAAUAUUGGAAUUUGGUUCGAUUAUAUGGUGCCCAUACACUAAAUCGGGUGUUGACAGUGUUGAACAUGUCCAGAAUCUUUUUUUGAGAUUUUUAUCUUAUAAACUAAUACCCAUAAAAAAAACCAUAAUUAUAAUCCAAUCAGAUUAAACUUAAAUAUUUAAACUCUUUCAUUACGUCGUGAAUUUUCAGAUUUAGCUUUUGUAUAUAAAUUAAUUAAUGGAUUUAUCAAUUCCCCCACCCUCUUAAAUUCCAUCCUUUUUAAUGUUUCUUCUUACAAUAGCCGCUCAGUUUCUAUUUUUUAUAUACGUUCUUACUGUACAAACUAUCUCACCAACUCCCCCUUUCCAAGAGUAUUAUCUUUUUGCAACAAGAAGACCAACAUUUGUUUUUUCUUCACGCCUCACGUCUCUAUUUAAAAUUUUAAACUUGCAUUGAGCUGUAGAUCAGCAGUGUUAAUUUUAAACCGUUAUUAUUAUUUAAUUGUAUAUCUAUUUUGUUUUUAUGUUAUAAAAACAUAUAUACAUACAUAUUACUCUAUAUUUAUUUGUUAUAACUUACUUAUGUUUAUUAUAUAUCCAACUUGUAACACUAGGCGCUGGCCUGUUUACAUUAAUAUAUAUUAUAUAUAUUUGAAUAAAAUAUUAUUAUUAUUAUUAUACUGAUAUAAAUUCGCGACGUUUCAUUUAGUAACAUUUUUUCAUACUUAAAUAUGCACACAUGCAUAAUAUAUGGACAAACAUGAACAAUACAGAUACUUUAUUUGUACAUUUUUUUGGUACAAUUUAUUGGUACAUAAUAUUUUUUUUCUGAUUUUAAUGAUAAAAGUAUAGUGUUAAUUUUUAAUAGUCUUUACAAAUUGAAAAAUGUUAUAAAUUAUGAGUAAUAUACAUUUAAUACUAAUUCGUAUUAUGUAAAUAUAAGAACCGCAUUUCGUAUAGACAUAAUAUUUGUAAAUUGCGACAAAAAAUAUGCAUUAAAUACGAUACUGAUGCAUCCUAAAAACAUUGUGUACUUUGUAAUAAUGAAGUAAUAAUAAAAAACUUGACAAUGAUGUGAAAUGUAGAAUUAAGUGUAGGGAAGCGUCAAGUGUUUUAUGUGACAAGUGGAUUCCAACGUGACUUAAAGGUAAGUUUUACGAGAGUGAGGUAAGACCGGCUAUGUUGUAUGGGUCAGAGUUCUGAGCGAUAGACAGAAAAAUAGAACAGAGAAUGAAUGCAGCAGAGAUGAGAAUGUUUAAGUGGUUGAAUGGAGUGUGGCACUCGUAUAUAGUGAACAAAAUGAGAGAAAAUAGAUUAAGACUGUUUGGGCAUAUUAUGAGGAAAAACGAGUCAGAAUUAGUAAAAUCGUAAUAAAAAUAGACUUAGGAGGAAAGAGGGGGAGAGAAAAACCAAAAAAGUGGUGGUUAGACGUGAUUAAGAAUGAUAUGAAGAUGAUACGUGUAUGUGAGGAUUAUUUGGGCGAUUGGGUCAAGUGGAAGUUUAGGACAAGGAUAGCCGACCCCAAAUAAUUGGGAUGAAGGCGAAGAGAAGAAAAAGUGUUUUUGAAAACGUUCUAGACGAAUCUAGACCUUAAUUUUAGGGGGGACAAACCCAUUUAUUAUAUAAAUUAGAAAAUUAAAAUCAGAAAACCACAAUACAAGAAAAAUCAUACUAUACUACUGUACUACUUAUUAAUAAUUAUUUUUCAAAGUACCUACACUAUAUUCGGAGAUUUUAUAUAUAUAUUUUUAGGGAGGUUGUUUAUUGGCAAUACAGAGGGCUUAGAGCUUCUAAUUUCUGCUUAUGUACUUUGUGCACUAUUUUGUUUAGACAUCACUUUGCCACCAUUUAUAUAACCUACCCUGACCUAACCUUGUUUAUGUAUUAUACAAAUUGUUUUUAUUGUAAUGGUAUCGAUAUUAUAAUAUUAAUAAUAAUAAAAAAAAAAGUUAAAAUAUUAAAAUAUUCGUCUCAUUUUUUAGGGUUUAAUUAUACGUGAUCAUCAUGCCGGGGUCAAGGCAUAAGAUAUUGAGUCACGUGUUCAGUGGUUUUUCUGAAAAGAUGGGCCGCACAAAAGUAUUGGAUAUCGGCCCACAAGCAGAAACACCUCUAAAACGGUGCUUGACAACGUUCGACAUAACACUUUUGGGUAAGUAUUUUCCUGUCUAAAUGUAAUUAUUGCCAUAGAAUGUGUUUUAAAUUGGUAUUUUUUAUUUUUUUACAAAAAUAAUUUAAUAAUAAAUUAUUUUUGAAUUAAAAAGAAAAAAGCUGGUACUUUUAAUGGAUGUGCCACUGUUGUAGGGAGGAAGUUGGAAAAGUAGGAAACAAAAUAAUUCAAUGUAUAUCAGUAAGCUUUCUCGUGCUUUCUAAUUUCUUCCUGGUUUUGCUCCAUUAUUAAAUAAACUGCACAGAAAAUCAAAAAGCGACUGUCUUAAACACUAACUAGAUUAAAAUUAAACAAAAAAGGUUUAGUGUCGUAUUUCUAUCAGAACAAUAUUUUUGGUAAAAAACAUAAAGCAUACAAAUGUAAAAUAACGAAAUCACGACUUACUAAAUUUGUCAGUUUUCUUUUUACGUCUUUUUCUAGUUUUUUUCAAUAUUUAUAAAAACUAUUUGGAAAAUCAAAAAACGAAUUACUUAUAAUUUUAAUCUGCGACUAAAUUCAAAAGGCAACAAAAAAGCUCUCUCUAUAUUAUUUUUUAAUUGGAUCAAGAUUAUAAAUGGUAAAAACGUCGUUCAUAGACAUAAAAAUAUAAAAUACAAAAUAUCCACAUCGUAGUAAAACCAAUAGAUUCCUCACUCCGCUUAUAAUUUAAUAAAAUAUUUCUGCAUUAAUGCACUUCUACACUAUAAUUAUAUAUUAUGUAUAUUACGAUUCUGAGCACAGUUCAGUUGAUAGUGAUAAAGUUGACUUUGUCAACAGUAUAUCAUAUUAUAGUAAAAUAAUCAAAUAGGCAUUAAAUAUUUUCUUUAAUAAUAUUUGUUUAAUAUUGUACCGAUUUUUCCCAUUCAUUGGGAAAAUUUCUGGGAAAAUCAUAAAAUUACCUUCCUAAAUACAUUCCCAGUCAGAUUUCCUCUCAGAAAAAGUGCUACUAUUUUAAACUGAGUGAAAUUACUGGUAGAAAAGUUGUACACAGAAAAAAAAGAUCAUAAUAUUUGUUUACUAAUACCAUUGAUUUUAUAAUAUACAGAUAAGCUGUUUUGCUGUUUAUUUAGAAACAUAAAUAAUAGCGAGAGGGAAAUCCGAUAGAUGGCAUUACGUUAUUAAUAUUUUAAACCUAUUAUAUUUUACUACGACGCAUAUGAUUAAAACCGGUUUUGUGAAGUCUGAUAGUUCGUCACGAAUUAUAAAUAUUGUAGUAUUAUUAUUGUUCAUAAUUUUAAUCUUCUAUGCAAUGAAAAAACCUUAUGUGUUCUACCUUCUCAACUUCUCACCUAUAAUAGUGGCUACUCCCAUCCCCAGUAUCUGCUCUUUUUCAAGUUUUCAUUAUUAUGUGUACUUGAUCAAUUAUUGUACUAAGAAUGUUUUCUAUUCGUUACAGGAGCAAUGUCUCGUAACCUCUUCACAGGUUUUAUAAUAAUAUAAUAAAAUACCGAGAUGAACAUGAGAAAAAAUUAAAAUUUGAUUUUUUUUUUUAUUUUAGUAAUUUUCUUAUUAGUUAAUUCGAAUAGUUGUAUAUUAUGACGGUCUAUUAAUUAAAUGUUUUUCACAUAAUGGAAAUCGGGGCUUAUGUAUUGAACUAAUGCAGAGAAUUAAAAAAAAAGAACAAUAUGGCAUAUGUACCAUAAAUCUGGGUGUCCAUCCCUACUUCAGAGACACACAAAUUCUAUUAUUAAUAUAAGAGAACUUGCUAUGAUUUAGAUGAAUUUGGCUGUCUGAAUAUAAAUACAAUAUCCCCCCCCCCCAAAAAAAAAAACCAAGCCGUAAAUACUUCACUGCCAUUACUUUUAUAUUUAAUAGUUUUUGGUGCCAUUCAUAUUUCUAUAAACUACGUCAAUUCCUUAAUCAUUGAUUUUUUAUAUUUUCUCCAUCUCUUAUUGAGAAUUCCUUGAAGUCUUUUACCAUGGUGUUUCCGUAAUAUUGCUGCCCAAUCAUGCAUUUAUACCUACUCCAUCACGACAACCAAAUUUGGUAAGUAUAUGAAUUAAUUGAAAUGUCUGUUUUCCACAGGGAUUGGUCACAUGGUUGGAGCGGGCAUCUACGUUCUCAUAGGUACCGUGGCUAAGGAAAUAGCUGGUCCAGCGAUCAUACUGUCAUUCAUGUUGGCGGGUGCGGCAUCUAUGUUGGCUGCCCUGUGUUACGCUGAAUUUGGUACCCGGAUUCCGAAAGCAGGUUCAGCUUACGUGUACACUUACGUCAGCGUUGGCGAGUUUUGGGCGUUUGUCAUCGGAUGGAACAUCAUACUCGAGCACAUGAUAGGUAAUCUCGAGAAACCUGCAAUUAUAAUACGUUAAAAACUGGAUGAAAAAAAUGUUGGGCAUUGAAAAAAAAAACAUGAAUACCAGAGUUCUAUCACUAGAGGCGAAUUUUCCUCCAGCUUACUUGUUACAAUAUUAUAUGUUUUUUUUUUUUUUUAUUAUAAUGAUAUGGAAGGGACCAACAAAGUUUUGUCAAAAUAGGCAAAGUAUGUUUUCGAGAUUUUUGAUAAAGUACAAACAAACGGUGAUGUCGGGGGUAGGAAGUUCAAACCUUCCAAAGGUACAUCUUUGACAACAAUUCCGUUUAUAAUAUAUAUUUGUACGUAUUUUAAACAAGUUUCUUACUUUCAUGAUAUUUAUGGGUAACUAAAACUCGACAUUUCCUGUGAUAAUAUGAAACAUAAAUAGUUGAAGAGGGGGUUGAAAGUUGAAAUCACUAAAAGGCACAUCAUUGAUACUUAUACUAUGCAUGUAUAAAAUUUCAUCCUAGUUUCAUUUGAGAGGUCAGGGUGUAUAAAAACACCGUUCUCCCGCAACAAUAUGGUGAAGUUUAUAUUGAAUUUCAACCAAAAAUGCUAUUAUUUCAAUCAUUUCAAUAAAAAUAAAACUCUAAUUUAUGAUUUUGAACUCUUUUGGUCCAAAGAGAGCUGUUUAAAUUGUUCAAAUGUACUAGGAAAAAAAUAUGUAUAUUAUAUAUAUUUAUAUAAAAAUGUAUAUAUGUCUGCUAUGUAUAUGUAUACAUUACAUACACAACAUAAUACUAUAGUCUCCAUAAUCGGAGGAAAUUCGAUAAAAAAAUGAAAAAAUGGAAAUGACAGAAAUGAAAAUGUUUAUAUUGAUGUAUGUGGUAUAGUUAUAAUAAAUAGGCGAUUAUAAAAUAUAAUAGAGAACAAAUGGAAAUAUAUGAAGCCUUGUGAGCAUAUGAGGAAAUAGUGAUGGAAUGGGAAAUUACCUCUUAUUUGUGUAGUAUAAAAGCUGGGAAUGUAAUAUACUUACAAACCCCAAAAAUUCCAUGAAAAAUAAAAAUAAUGUGCCUAAAAAAUAAAAUAAGACUUAAAAAUUUUUCAAAAAAAUACUAAUUCAAAUUUCUUAUUUGUAUUUAAAAAUACAUAAAACUAAUUUUCAUUAAAAAGAACAUUGUACAGCAAACUUUGGAAAUAAUUUAGUGCAUUGAAAUCCUAGCUCUAAUUACAAUUAUGUUUACUGUCCGAAACAAAAGCCGACUGGACUCCUGUCCCCUUGAAUUCGGUUUCGGUAUACAGGCGUUUAUUGAACCGAAUGCAGUUGAUUUAUUUUAACAUGGUUAUAUUUUAAUAUAUUGUUCCCCGUUUAAAUAUUUACACACCGUAGGCCCGUCCAUAAUAAUAUUGUUAUAAAUUAUUACAAUGUCCGUGGUAUUACACCAGAAAAACAUCUCGUUAUUUUUCCCGAACCCGUAUUGUCAAUUAAAUACACAUUAAACAAUGGAAUUGUUAUUCUGACUUUUAAAUCCUUCACAAAUAACAUUUAAUAUCGGAUUUUUAGUAAGACACAUUUGAUAUCACGUUUCACAUUAGAAUUUGUAAAUUUAAAAAAAUAAUGAACUAUAUAUAAAAAAAAUAUAAUGUAUUUUAUUACUCAGGUUAUUCUAUACAAUAAGGGGAAAAUGUUGACAAUCCCCAUUUGAGUAAACUGCAUAGAACUGUAUAAAAACCGGUAUUUCCUAUAAAAACAUGGUAAAUUUGAACAUAAAAAUGAUGGGGGCGGGUGUUGGAGUUUAAACCCAAAAAGGCGCUGCCUUGCCACAAAUUUAUUAGGUACAUAUUAUUCAAAAUUUUAUUCCCUUAGAUUUUAGCUAUUGUGGGAUCGUUCCUCCUACAAAAAAUACCCUCCUCCCACCAGCAAGUUGCUUAGUAGGAAAAUAAAUUCUUUAAAAAGAAUCAAGAAUAUUAUACAAAAAAUGAUACAUAAGCACAAAUUUACAAUAACUUACAUUAAUUUAAACUGAAAUUUAAUUCAACGUUUAUUAUUUUAACUAACUUGUAAAAUAACAACUCUAAUUCCCGCGUUCGAGCUCAUUCAGUCUACCUGCUAGGGAGCCGCCAGAAGUAUCCAUAAGUAGUGAUCAAAGGACAACAAGAAGAAAGAGAAAUGAGUUUUAAGUUACGGUAAUAGAAAAAACAAAUUGUUACUCAUAUUUUCGUAUACAUAGUCAAUAUUUUAAUGGAUAAUAUUUUAUAAUAAUAUUAAAAAAAGCAACGACACACAGAGUUAUAAAUAAUAACUCAAUAUUAUUAUUAUCAACGAUAUAAUAAUCGGAAACAAAGAAAAUAACAUGAUACAAUAUAUACGAAGAAUAUAUUACAACGUUAUAAUAAAUAACAUGCAAAUAGAAAUGUUUAAUUCAAAGUUCUAAUAUUGUUCUUUGUUAUAAGGACCUUAUACCUUAACCUUAUAUACUUAAUAAUAAAAUAUAUAGAUACUCGAACUGCACAGUGCACACGUUGCGCAUCAUCUUGACGAAUUGAUUCUCUAUUAAAUAAAUUACGAGUAAUACUUAACAGAUAACUUAUAUUAACAUACUAGCUAUAAUAUAGAUGUCCAGAUGCUAAUAUUUUAUAAUAAUAAAACAAAUUGAAUUAUCAAAAAAGAUAAUUUUAUCAUCGAGAAAACAAUUGGAUAUGCUGUAAUAUACAGUCCCAGCCGUGUACAAUACACUUUAAAUAUUAUUUUUCGUCCGGUUUGGUUAUAGUAGAUUAGGAAUAUGUUUGCGUAAACAAUAAAAAUAAGAAAAUAAUUGAUACAACUGUGUGUCCGAAUAAUAUUAUUGUUAAAUCAAAAAACGUAAUUUUCGUUCGUUUUGAAUAAAUUGCACGUGAUUUGGUUUUCUUUAUUUUAUGUAUUAUAUAUAAGAACCGCCUAAAACAAAAAAUACAUAAUAGGUAUUUAAUUAUUGUUGUUCUUAAGAACUAUUCGCGUAGGUAUUUGGCCGCAAUAAAAUAUAUUUUACAAACGUGUCAGUAAAUGUCCGAAUAACCGUAUAAGUGUGCGUGUGUUUAGUCACUCGAAUAAAUAAAUAAUACAAUCCCAUUGAUAUUAUAAAUACGAAGGUUUGUUUAAAUGCAUGCUUGUUACCAUUUCUCACCCAAAGUACUGAACAGAUUUAGCUGAAACAAUGGAUGUCGUUCUAGACUAGGUAUAACACAGGCUACUUUCUCUCCCGUAUUCAACCCCAAAAGGGGGGACUAACGCAGAGUUAUUAGUAUUGGGGAACGAAAAUUAAUUUUUUUUUUUUAUUCAUUGAAUUAUAGGUUACCUUGGUGGUACAGAUGAAUUAAAAAAAAAGUUAAACUAAACAAAACGAAGAAUCCCGUGUAACGGCUGUAAUAGCAUAAUGUUAACUUUUCUAUUAUUCCUUUUGGAAUCUCGGACGGGACAACUAUAGUUGUUAUUCUGUAGUAUUAUAAUAUAAUAUAACAAUUAUUUUAUUAAUUUCAACGCUUUUAUUCAAUUAUACGUGACAAGGUUAUCGAGACUGCUGUACUGAACAUGGCUAUAAUAGCAGAACAAAAUAAAAUAAUGCGGAAUACAAACACUGUAAACCUUAUUUGUAAAUGAUAAUAAUGAUAAAAUAAAAAAAAAAAAAACAAAAUAUUUUUGGGCCGUAAAAUUUAAUAGAAAAUUGUUAAUAACUAGGUAGGUAGGUAUACGUCAUAAUCACAUCUGUCCGUCUGAAAUGAUAGUAAUUACUGAUAUUGUAGGGUUUUCGAGACUCGAAUAACAAGCAACCGGAAUUUACCAGUUUAAUAUUAUACAUAAUACAUAAUGCGUGCAAAAUAUUUCACUGCAGCAUUCAGCACCUAUCAAUAUUUUGACACAUGUUGUUUGUCGAGUCGAUUAAUUAUAAUAAUAAUAUCUAUAUUAUUUUGUGCUAGGGAAUAUUUAUAUUUUAUUCUUACGUAGAUAUACAACUUGACGUUGUAGAAAAUUAUAUACUUUUAAAAAAAAAAUCUUUAUUUUUAUAGAUUUCAUAUUUGUUUUUUCAACGUAUCACGACUUGCAAACUUCUCUUCUCUCCAUACUAUAAGUGAGCAGGUACUGUACUUACUUGAUACGAAAUAUUCGUGCCGAAUUUUUAUAACAAAAAAAUAGUAUAAAUAUCAUAUCGAACAAAAUUAUAAAAUCAUAGAAAAUAAAUAUUUCAAUAAGAAUUUGUCGGACAUUGUACACAAUAUAAAUCGUAUACCCGCAGACAUAAACUAUAAAAAUAUAAAAUAUGUGUUUUUUACGCUUAUUUAAAUAUGUUUGUUAUCAACAAUGAAUGAUUUGAUAGAAUAUAUUGUCUAUAAUCUAAUAUUGAAAUGUUCUUAAAAUUUUAAUUUUAAAAUAGCCAUUCUAUAGAGUUUAUUUUUCUAAAAAUUUUGAUGUAUCACACAUUUAUAUCCGAUGAAUAUUUCCUAUUAACGGCUGUUAAAGUUUUAAAUUUUACUAAUCCUGAAAACCGAUGUUAUCGCAUAACACGGUUAUGUUACAUUUUACAUUUAUGUUAAUUUUUGUCUCAUUUAUUUUGGGGGGUAAAACCACCACUUAAUUUUGAUUUUUAAAUGACUACCUAUAUUAAAAAUUCCAUAAAUAGAUGGAUUAUUAGUUUAAAAAAAUAUCGGUGUUAAAAUUUUUGAUUUUCGUUAAUUCGUUAACUUUUAGCUUUUAAAUUAUGGUCGGGAGAGAGUGGUGGAACAUUUUUUGUGUGGCGGGACAGCGCGCGGCGUUUUAAUAACUUGGCUGCCAUGAGACCCGAUUUGGGAUCUCAAAAUUAUUUGAAACAAGUAAAGCUUACUCCGAUUAUUAAGUAUAGCACAUUUCUGAAAGAAAAAUGUUCUCUGGGUGAUACUUUCGAUAGAUCAUUUUUUGACAUUUUCAUUAACAUUCGAGACAAUGAGGAAAACAUGGUUCUUUAGGUUAAAAAAGAUUGAAAGAUUAAAAAUUGGUUGUCAUUGCUAACCGUUUUUAUUUAUUUUUUGUUGUUAUUAAGUUUUUAUUAUUUUAAUAUUUUUUAAACAAUCAUUGUUGUGGAAAUGCACAUUGUUGUUAUCAUUUUACCAUAAUAUGACAUACCUAUAUUGUUAAAAAAGCAACACUAUCAAUGGAAUUCCGCUUAGAAUCGUUUUUUUAUUAGAAAUGGUUUAUCGUUGUUUACAUAUAUAGAUUAAAUUGCCGUGUCUGUAUCCUACCUUCUCAACUUCCCACCUACAACAGUUGCUGUACCCACGUGCGAAGUAUAUCCGUUUUUUUUUAUUAUAAUACUACGGUAACAUAUAAUUUUAAUACCUAAUAAACAUGUGAUAAAAAUGUGUAAAAAAAAAAAAAAACAAUAUUAAUACUUUUAGAUUCUGGUAAUCGCGUGUCCUUAUACGUAAACGCCAAUCUUCCGAAAUUGAUGCUGCGGGGCGUUUCUGUUAGUUUGGAUUUAAGUACCUAUUAUUAUAUUAGUCUACGUCGAAUUUUCGCCGUAGGUAACGGCAGUAGUAAUUAUUCAUAAAACAACUUCUAGUCUUUUUCAAAUAAUAAAAAUGUAUUAAGUUAAGUCAGCAUUUGCUGUAUCAGGCUAACGAGUGACAUGGCAACAUUACACGGAACGUAAACUGUGGCGUUUUGGUUUAAAUACUGCAGACAGUGGUCAAUACAAGGGUAAGGUGGAUAAAACACUUCGAUCACCCUCCCUUAGACCUUGUUUUUUUCACGUGAUUCUAAUGUUCUAAUAUUAUAAGUUACAAUUAUUAAAUCGUAUAAUAUUAUAUCAUAAUACAAUGUAUAUAUAUUUAUAUAUUUAUAUCUAUACAUAUAAAAUCCAAAUACCACUGACUGACUGAUCGCUGUAUCUCGAAAACUACGUAACGUACGGACUUGAAAUUUGGAAUAUAUGUUCUUCUCGUAUUUUCACCGUGCAAUAAGGAGGGAUUUUCAAAAAUGUUGCGUUUUAGUGGAGUAAUUAACAAUUAUAAUUAUUCACCGCCAAUACGUGUUGUGCGGCACGGCGGCCCGCGGGUCUCCAGCUACCAGCAACCAAUCCUUUUUGUUCGUCGUCGUCGUCGUCGUCGUGUAGAUAAGAAUAAUGAUUCCGAGAAUAAAAUUGUUCCGAGAAGUUUAUCGAUAAUUAUGAAUUUAAGACGGUAAAUGGUAAUACAUGGCGUUAUCUAAUUUGUCACGAAUUCGUUUCCGGGCAACGCCGGGUAAUUCAGCUAGUAUAUAUAUAAAACCCCUGGAUCCAACAUCGACUGCAGAUUACAGAAUUUAAAGAGGUGAAUAUUUUCGAAGUACCUUUUUUCUCAAAUAUUAUCAAACAAAAACGGGAACAACAACUAAAAACUGAUAUGUCUGUAAUAUAUAAGAUAAAUAGCAAUACGCCCCCCCUCCAAAAAAAUAUCUCUCAUUUUUUUUUUAUUUGUUCUAAUUCUAUAAUUUCAACUUCAAUGCCAUAGUUAUUUAUGUUCUAAGUAAUGGUCAUUUUUCCAUGUUGUUUAACAGUGUAGAAUACCUCUUAAAUACCACCUCUCAAAAACACACACGUUUGGGAGUUGAAAUAAGUAAUAAAAUAUUAAUAUUAUUAAACUAUACAAAUUUACGAUAAUCAUAUCUUAAUUCCUGAAAAUCAAAAAUGUCUUCACCCCUUAAAAUAUAAGAGUGACAAAAAAUAAUAAAAAUUUAAUAUUUUAGAUGGCUACUUCUUUCUUAAAUUGUCAAAAAUCAAAAUAUGACCUCUCUGAUUUGCACCAACUAGACAAAAUUUUCUUUCAGAAAAGGUACUAUAUACUUUAUACUUUGGAGUAAAAUUUCUGAUAGAAAAGUUGUUUACAGGUACAAAACCACUGUCAUAGUACAACAAUAUUAUUAUAUUCAUUUAUAAUAUAGAAAACAGUAAAUAAGACCGUAUAAAUAUCAUGAUAAUAUUAUUUACUUCGAUACGAAGGUUAUCCGCCUAAUUUUCAAUUAUAUUGCCACCAUUUUUUAAAAAAAAUAAGUACACAUAAUUAAAUAUAGUAACCGGAUUUGUUAUUUAUUCACUUUAACUAAUGAAUUAAGUUGGAGAAUAAUAAUAAUUUUAAUAUUGCGGUUUAUAAUCAUUAACAUUUUACUCUCAACAUUUUUGAUAAUAAUUAUUGUCAUUACUCGUUAUUAACAUAAUGCAGUUACCUAUGUUUAUGCAGAAUAUUAUAUAGUAAUGAGUUGAUAUUAUGUGAUGUAGCCACGUGUUUUGUAUCGAUUUCAAUUAUCAAAAACCGACCAUUAUUAUAUUAUCGUGGAAAGGUUAUCGCAGUAGUAUGCAUAACUCAAGGGACUUGGGCUCAAAAAAAAUGUUAAAAAUAUAACGGUAUCGUUUGCGUCAAUGUUUUAUUUUUAUUUUACAAAUUUUAAAUUCCUUAAAUGGAUGAAGUUUUAAUAUAGGUUGAUAUUUGAAAAUUAAAAUUGAAAAGUGAUUUACCACCAAAAAUAAGGGUGAAAAAAUAAGAACAAUGUAACAUUUUAAAAUAUAUGAAAAAUAUUAUUAAAAUAUAAUAAAAAGUUUCUAUAUACAAGUUAUUUUUUUAAAAACAAAUAUUUCAUGGAAAAUUUGAAUAUGAUAUGCUAUUUAGAAGACCCUGAAAGUAUUCUUACACUAUAUAUUGUUAACUCAUAUUUUUUUAUUUUCAUAUAAUGUAUUUUCGUUUUAAUUCACGAUUAGAAUGAAUUUCACGACCUGCAGUUGUUUACAGACCGAACAAAUAGAUUCAUCGCUUUACUUAGAAUCUAAAAUUGAAGUCUACUUAAUUUGUUUAAAUGUAUAAUUAUCUGUUAUUAAUGAAAAGUUAAUUAUUUUGUACUUUUUAAGUUGACAACUAAUAUUCAUUGUUAAGAAAAAAAUAACUUAUUAAAUUAAAAAGUUAAAUAAAGUAACUCAGCUUUAACUUAAUAACUCGUUAAUGGCUAAUCUUUGAUUUCUUUGAAUAAGUAAUUGUUGUCCAAAUUUUCUGUAUAGGUACGACUCUAGAGUAUAAUUAUUUUAGUCAGAUCCGUAUAAAUUUAUGUUGAAAGUCGAUAAAUUGAAAAUUGAAGUAAAUCUUAUUAUAUAUGAAUGUCCGUAUGCACUUUAAAACUGAUUUCGCAUAACCCCACCUCACCAUUUCUGCGUGGAAUUUUUUCCUUGUAAUAAUAAUGCUAGAUUAAUGUUCAGUGCGAUUCUUAUAUUUUUAAUCCUUCAUUAGUACCUAUGGCAUUGAUCGGUAUUAUAUUAACUCCUCCCUGACUCGUUUCACGUCCUUGAAAUUCGAUUUUCAUGUCUAUGCUGACUUGAUGUAUUAUAAUACCGAGUUACUUCAGCAGCAACGGUUAAUUGACACAAUCAUUUUUCUUCCAAAAUUGAGGAAUGUCAGACCUAUAAGUAUGUAGCGGUUACCACUGCUCGUGUAUAGAUGUCAGUGGCAUAACUAAACGGGAUUAGAGAGUGCGGAACUCAUUUCCGUUCUUAGUUCUUAGUUAAAAAUAUAUCACACAUAGGCUAUAUUAUGUAAUAUGUAUUAGUAUUAUGUAUGUAAUAUUAGUAUGUAUUAGUUGGGAGUUAGAAUAAACAAAAAUUAACUUUAGGUAUCCAUCCUCAUUAAUAAUACAUUUUAUUUAUUUAAAUUUUAAAUUUACACGGGCCAGGUCCAAUUACAUAGGUAUUAUAAUAAUAACAGUCGUUCGUUAACGAUAAAAUACAAUACAAUUAGUAUAACAAUUUUGCUAAAAAUUAACAAGUAUGCAAUUAUAAUGUAUUUUAAUUGAGUUGAAAUUCGGUAAUAUAAACAGAUCGGUUUUUAAUUUAUUUAUGUAUAGGUACAUAAUAUUAUUGUAAUUAAUUGUAGUAGGAAGGUAUCCAACAUAUAUAUACAAUGUACUUGUAAUAUAAUUUUUUUAAACUAAAUUAAAACCUAGUAAGGUAAGACUAAUUAUACUCGUAUAUUAGUAAAUAAUAUAUUUCACGGUAAUAUACGUUAAUAAUAUAUUUCACGGUAUCCUUAUAUAUAUAUAUAUACUUGUAUAUAUAUAAGGAACGAGCGUAUAUAUUUAUACCAAAUCGGCAGAAUUUUUUUUUCAUUAUACUUGCGUCAUUUAUAAAUUACAGUAACUACAUUAACGACUAGUUCAUAAUAAUAUUCUCUAUUACAUAGGCGUGUACCGCGGGAUUAAAUAAAAAAUACUCUAGACCAUAUGUGUUAAUAUACGUUACUACGUUAUACUGCGUAAUACGCAGUGGCGUGUUGAGUGAUAUUCGAUUUGCGGGCGAAUCAAAUUAUUAACUAGUACUUGUCCCAUAAAAAAAUUUGUUCACCGAUCCGCGGAAAGCCAACUCUAUUCUAAUACAUUUUGAAUAAAUCACAUUCAUAAUAUUAUCAUACAAUGUAAAUAGUUAAAUAAAACAAAAUGCUUUUGCUGAAUUGUUCAGUAUGUACGUUAUUGGUUUCAUAAACUGUGUUUGUAAUUAGUAUUGGCCGCGGCCAGUGCUGUCCGUUUAAAUCAAUUCUCGUCGUGUCAUUCAUUAUUGGACUUAAAUACAUAAAGGUUAUUUUAAUAUUAUUUUUUUUAAAUAUUUAUGUUGAUCAUAUUAAAAAAAAAGAAAAAGAAAACCUAAUCAAUUAUAUUUUCUUUAUCUCCUCGCCUGUCUGUAACGCAGUGAACACGAAUAUCAAAGUCAAGCGAUUAUUAAGAACGAUUCGAUGAUUGGAGUGAUGAUGAUAACCUGGCGGAAUCGGAGGUUUUUAUCCUUUGCCGUAUAGCUUGACAAAUAUACAGUUAGCUGAUUAAAGUGCAUCUGUUCGUCAAAUAUUACAUAGUUUAAAUUUCACAUACAUAUAAGUACCAUUAAACCAUUAAAUUAUGAAAACUUAUCGUUCAUUGUAAAAGAUCUCGGCGUAAAAGGUACUCGAAUAUAGCAAUCCGAUGUACCAACGCACGCAUUCCUUCUAAAACCUAAUGAUUUUAGUGAAAAUGUACAGGCAUUCGAACCAUAUUUUAUUUAUUUUAAUAUACAGUAUGUUAUAUGCAGUUUUAUGUAUACCGUAUACAUAAACCAUAUUUAUUGCUUGAGAUUUAUCGAUUAUAUUUAAACCAGGUUAUUAUUAUAGCUAGAGCGUGGACUUAUAUGCAAUAAAAAGUAUUAAAUAUAAAAUAUAAUAUACAGUAAAAAUUAUACUAAUAUACAUUAAAAAUUAUACUAAUAUACAGUCAAAAAUAAAAAAAUAAAAUUUUAAAAAACUGUACUAGAAGAUAAUGGAGAUACUGUUAUAGGUAAUUCACUGUACAUCUGUAAACAAUGAUUAACAAUUAAAAUUAUUUGUUUAUUUACAAAUAAGAACUUAUAUGAAAAAAAAAGUUUAUUUUGUAUGUUUAACUAUAAAAAAUAAUUUUUUGGAAUAACGAUUUAUUAUUUCAAAAAAAAAAAAUCAUUGGACAAAAAGAUUAAUUCCGGUACCGGGAAUCGAACCCGAGCCUCCUGGGUGAAAGCCAGGUAUCCUAGCCACUAGACCAUACCGGACUUACUGUUAGAUGUAAAAUGUAUGUAAUAUAUGAACUGUUAUAGAACAAAAAAUAAAUAUUAUGAUAAAAUAAUAAUAACUGUACGAUUAUAUAUUUUUUUAAAUUUAAUAUUAUUUUAAUUUGGCGAAAUUACAUAUAUCAUAUUGGCAGUGAAUAAAAGCGAGGAUUGUGGGUUGUAGUAUUUUUAUAACUUCAAUAUUUGUAUUACUUUUUUUUUUAAAACAAAUUUAUAAAAAAGUAAACUAAUGAAAUUAUCUACAGGGGCGUAUUUAGAAAUUUAUUAUGGGAGAGAUUAGGCACAAAAAAUCAAAUAUUCAACCACACAAACAAAUUAAUAACUGACAAUUUAAAAAUAUACACUUUCUCCAGCAAUAGGUACAUGUUAUUUUUAUAUUUAUUUAUGUUCAAAGUUAAAUUUAUUAAAAACAAAUUCGUUUCACUGUAGGUACAUAUUACUGUAAUACGCCAACGUUGAGGAUUGCCGGUUACAAUAUUAUUUUCUCAAUUAUUACAAAAAUUACCUAACCAAUUUGAAAAAACAAAUUACUUACUCACGGACUAUAUAAAAUAUGCACCAAUAAAGGUCCUUUCUAUAAAUGUCCCUCAGAUUAAAAAGAAAAGUGAAAUUAAAUGAUAUGGUUUUUAUAGAGAGGUUAGAUUAAAACUCUUUAGUUAUACAACUAUUCAUUUGUUUACCGAAGGUUUUUAAGACAAUUACGAAAAGCUCUAGACAAAAUGUAUGCUUGGGCGAAAUUCAAAUUUGAUGUAUUUCGUUUUAUAUCUUUCUAUUUAGCUAUGAAACGAUUACGCGCGGUCCGUAUCGGUGGUACCAUUUUAGGCGUACGACUGCGCGCAUUAUAUUAUUUUAUUUUUAUGCAACGUUGCCAAAUAUAUAGGUUAAUAAAAUUAUAUAGUACACGGUAAAUCGGAUUAUGGCGAUUAUUACUUAAAUCCAUUACUAUUAAGAUUAUUACUUUCUGAAAGGAAAUUUAACUAGGGAGGUACUUUAGAGAGGUCAUUUUCGAUUUUCUCAGGAGUUUUCCCAGCAAUGUGAAAAACCGAAAAACCAGGGGGAAAUUCGCUUCCAAUAUCACACGCAAUCAUAUGCUUUUGACAGGUCAAAAUCAUAUUCUCUGUUAUUCCGGCACAGCGCGCAGUCGUAUACCCAAAAAUGUAAAACGCGCGCAAUCGUACACUGACGCUGUAUUUGCUCCUUAACCAUAUCAUAUAAUAAUAAUGUUCGUAAAAAAUUAGGGUUGUUUGAAAAAGUUAAAAUAAAUCGUUUGAUUAUUGUAAUUAAAUUAAAAUGUACCAUUAAGUAUUAUGAAUAUAAUAUAUAUCUUACGAGUCCUUACGCACUAUUUUUAGAUAGUGAAUAAUAAUAAUAGUAAUAAUUAUAAUAGUGUUCACACUAUUAUUCAAAAUUAUGUGAUUGAAUAAUGAUUAUAAUAGUAUGCCAUCAAUUUUCGAAAAAUAAAAACUACCAAUAACUAUAGCUACUACACACACCAAUAAAUAGUAACAAUUAUUAUCAAAAUUAUUAAUCACACAAUUUAUUAAUAUAUUAAUAAAUAAUAAUAUACAAUAUUAUACAAAAAUAUACAUACAAUAUGCUAUGACAUGGGUACUUGUAGUUUUCAUCCACUAUUAUCUGUACAAAUAAUCCACGAGGCUACGACAGAGUGACGGGCGUAAAGCAAAUGAAAUAAUGGACAUUUGGAUACGUCUGCUAACAUAUCCAUAAGUUAAAUAUCAAUGCGAAAAAUAUAUGAUAAUAUGCAAACGGAACUGUGGUGAUAAUAUUUAAACAUUGUUUUGUUGAUAUAUUAUUGAAAUUGGAAUGAAUGACUAACGAGAAAUAUAAAAUUGAGGACGUAUAGGAAGUUCAAAAACCAAACAGACUUACCAUAACUAUAUUUGAAUGCCUGUAUUUACGUUAUGUGUUACCUUAUACAAGUUAUACCAAAAUUAAGUCGAUUCUUCAGCUAAAAUUAUUGUCCUCGUAGACAAACUCGAAUCAUGAAUACUCAAUAUUAUUACGAUUCAAUAAUUGAAAUUAUUUAACAAAAUAUAUUCUCAAAUGGAAGACAUAAUAAUUUCUAAGAUUUUUCACAUUUUAUUCCAAGUAUCAAACACCGAAAUCCUAAAAAGUCUAUAUACUUUAUAAGUCAAAUGUAUCCUUUGUGUUCGAUUAAUUCAUCUUUUUAAAGAUAAAUUGUGUUUUGGUCUAAGAACUAAAAUUAUAAAAAAAUACAUUAGUGGUACAAAGAUCAAUACGUUUUACAAUUAAAGCAAAUAGAUUUCAGGGUUUAUAAAAUAUGUAUGUGGAUUUAAAACGUCAGUCCGAGUGGAAUGAAAUAGCAAUUUAUUUUACAAUGCCGCGUUUUAUAUUUGUUUAACCAAAUAGUAGAUAGUACCUACCUAACAAAGAUGCGUUUAGAAGGCAAAUAUAAUUUACUAUGCUGCAGUAAUUUAGAUAUCUACAUUUGUUUGUUCAAUUCGACAUUUAUAAUUUAAUUGUAAAUUACGCACUAACAUCGUUUUUGCAGUGUUGUGUUUAUUCCAGAAUUUAGAGGCAUCAUCAAAUUUUCAGAGAAUUAGGUCUGAUUCAAAUGUUUGCAUCCUUAUUAAAAAACUGAAAUGUGGUUGAACCACAUUUGAAAUCUGAAAUAACUGGUUUAUUCACGAUAAAAUUUACAGUUGACUGCUCUAUCUAAAUAAGUAUCAGUAUAAAUAAGUAUCUAAUAUUUUCUACAUUUUUGAGAACCUGUAAUUUUUCUAUCGAUUGGUGAACGAAAUACUAUGGAAAAUGUAUUCUAUCGAAAUUUUUAAGUCUAUAUUAAAUUGUUGAGAAAAAUUAGAUAGGUAGUUAGGUAAGAAACUAUUUUCUUUGUGUUUGGCGAAUACUGCUCAUAAAAAGUAUCUACUUUUUAAUACUAGAAUUAAAAAUUUUAAUAUUCAACAAAUGCUUUUUCAUAUUUAACGCAUUAGUCACAAUCAAAAAUAUUCGAUUAAAAUUUACUAUUUCUAGUAUAUUUUAGAUUCUGAGCAUAAAACAAAUAAGUUAAUAAGUUUUACUAAAAUAUAUUUUUUUUUCUUGGUACAUUGUCGUCAAGCUAAAAUCCUACAAACUAUUCGCACAGCACAUUAUUUGAAAAAUAUUUCUCGAUUCAAAGCAAUUCUACUAACUAUAUAUAUAAACUAUUUACUGUUAAAAACAAUAUCUAUGCAUCGCCUAUAUUUCUGUUGAAUUGUUUUUUCGUUUUCUAGCCCUGGUUUAUGAUAUAUAUAAUAAUAUUGUAAUAUAUUGUUUAUGAAACCCGAAUUUAUCGAUUUAUCUCGUUUAUAAAACACUUUCAUUUAUGUGUUUUUUUUCUAGAAUAUUUUUUUAUUAUUAUUAUUUUGGUAGUGUAAAAAAGUUCUUUAUUAUUGAUCGAAUUUGGUAUAGGUAUCUACUAUAAUAAAUACACACAUUUUACUCGUUAAUCGUUACUAAGUGAUGGUUCUGGGUUAAAUUUAAAAAAUGAUAGUAGCAUGGAAAAUUGACGUAUAAAAAGCUUACAACAACGACGGUACCAAAGUUUUAUUAUUGUUAUUACCUUCCACAAAUUAUUAAUUUUAAAAUAUUAAACUAUACUUUCCUAUAUACUACUAAUAUACCUACUUUGUUUACUAUUUCUAAAUAGUAUAAAUAUAACCUAAAUAAAAAUCUAGUUCCUACAAUUAAUAUGGAAAAUAUGAAUUUAUUACUUGAAUAUAGGUUCCAUUAAAAAGUACAAAAUAUAAAGUUAUACUCGUUUAGUGAUACAAAAAUUACUAUAGUAAUUAUUAUUAUUACGUUUAUUGGGUGGGACUAUUAAGGAAUUUGAAUUUAGAUAGAAAACAAUUUAAAUACAAAUUCUCUACACGUAGCACCAUAAUGAUUUACAUUAAUAAUUGUGUUGAUAAACCUUAUUUUAGAAAGGAGCUAAACUCUGAGGUCCUACCCUCUUGGGCGCGCCUCAAAUGGAAUCAAAUUUAUUUUAGUUAAUAGUUUAUUUUAGGAAUAUAGUUUAUUUUUUACUCGUAUUUCAUCGAUUAAACACGUAAAUUUAAAUAUGUUAUUAUAGCGACUUACAAUACUAUUUGAUAAACUAUGCAAAAAUAUUUUUCGGUUUAUUUUUCACUAGAAUAUUAUUAUAAACGUUCACUAGUAUCACUAUCUAAUUUGUGUAUAUCGAAUUUUAUAGUUUCAUAAAACCAUCGUAUAUUGUAAGAUUGCUUGAGAAAUCAUUUUGAAAAUAUGCUCUACUAAUUAACAAUGAAAUUUGUUUAGUAAGCAUGUGGAAAUUCUCGUUCAUAGUAGAGAAGCUUAUAUACAUCUAUAGUGUUCAUGAUUUCGUGUUCACCUCUCUCUUUAGAUCGCUAAGACAACGUGUACCUGUGUGUUCAUGCGAUCGAGUAUUGCAUACUAUUCUAUCGUAUAAUAUAAUUGUAUUUAUAUUCUGAUCAGAGUGGUUCGGAGUAGGUAUUAAUGAUUAUUAAUAUUUGUUUUAGAUUCUGAAUGGAGCAAAGGAGCUAUUAUAGUUUUUUAAAGUUAUUUAUUUUUUAUUUUUUUUUCUGUGGACAACUUUUCUACCAACAAUUUAGCUCCAACUAACAAUGAUAGCAAUGUUUCUAAAAAUACAUUUCACUAGCAAGGUAUUUUAAAGAGGUCAUUUUCGAUUUUCUUAGGAGUUUUCUCAUCAAAUGUAAAAACCAAAAAAAAACUGAAGAAAAACGGGAAAUUGUACGAAAUAUGUACAUUAAGUAAAUAUUAUUAAAGAUAAUAUUUAAAUAAUGCCUAUUUAAUUAUUUUGCCAUUAUAGUACAUAUAUAUUGUUGACAAAGCAUCAACUGAACUCCGCUCAGAAUCGUUUUUUCGUUAGCAAUGGUUAAUCGUUGCUAACAGAUUACAUUAAAUUACUUAUAACAGUGGCUGCACCCGUUAUCUUAAGACGUCUUUUUUUUUGUAUGUACUUUAUUUUGCAAAUGCUGCUAUACUUGAAAAAUUUCGUUCGACAACUUUAUAAAAUAAUACACUAUAAUAUGUCUAUAAAGGCUCAGUAAGUAUAUGAUUUUAGAUUCUGCAGAGCAAAGUAAGGAAUGCGUGUUGGUUUUACUAUGAUGCGUGUUUGUGUGUGUGUGAGUUUUUUUACAUUUUUCGUUGGUGCCUUCGUAAAACCAGCGAUAUUUUUUUUAGCACGAUGUUUGUUUAAAAACAGCAAAACCUGAUUCGGUUAUUUUAAAAUUGUAUAGGUUUUAAAAUGUACGAUUUUUUUUAUUAAAUCCAGGAUAUUAUAUUACACUGCGUGUUCUGAAUCGUUUUUCAAAAGAAAUAAUAAUUUAUCGAUUUCAAAGUACAAGGUUAUAAAAUACACAUCUGUACAUUACAGUGAUUUAUUCGUAUGCACUGUGCAUAAAAUAACGUAUUUGUUUACAGGUGCAGCAUCCGUGGCUCGAGCUUGGAGCGGAUUUUUCGAUUCGAUGUUCGACAACGUCAUCAGGAACACGACUGUAUCCAUGUUAGGUGAACUCCACGAAACGCUCCUGGGAAAAUAUCCAGACGUGUUCGCGUUCUUCAUAUGUUUGAUCCACGCUUGUAUAUUAGGUUAGUAAAACUACGGUGACAACGUGCCAAGAAUUUAAAAAAAAAACUGCGUUCCUGUAUCUCUAGUUGGGAUGACUGUUAAAAGGUCUACAACGAUUCAAGUAAUUACAAAAACAAGUAUUUUUACCAAAGAAUUAUUAACCGAUUCAUAGGAAAAUGAACAAUUGCAUUAAAAAAAAAAAAACAAAUGUCGAUAAUCUAAGAAUCUUAGGGAAAUUAUAUUUUUCGAAAUUUUUGGUUGUAAGGCAAAAUUCUAAUACUAUAUGUGGCUAUAGUGGCUUAUUCGCGAGCAGUAUAAACUUUUUUUUAAUAUUUGCUAUUUUAUUUAUCACUCGUAUUACUUCUCGAAUUAUUUAAUUUUUUUAACCAUAUUUUUCAAUCACAGGGGUUGGCGUCAAGACUUCUUCGUACAUGAACAGCUUCCUGACGUUGGUCAACUUGAGCGUGAUAGUCGUCAUCAUAGGUGCCGGGUACUACUACGGAAAUAGCGACAACUGGUCCAGCUACGGCGGUUUCAUGCCGUUCAAAAUAAAGGGUGUUAUUAUGGGUGCGGCCACUUGUUUUUACGCAUACGUCGGGUUUGACAGUAUUGCCACGUCGGGCGAGGAAGCCAAAGACCCGGCGUACUCCAUACCAGUGGCCACGAUUAUCGCCAUGAGCGUUGUUUGCACAGGUACACCUCACAGAUGUUCCGUUUGUAUAAUUAUGUAUGACUGAACAGUCAUAACUGUAACAGGCAUUAAAUUUGCCUUAUAAUAUAAGACAAUAAAGAUAAAUAAUAUUAUAUUUACAAGGUUUAUAACAAUAUCUGUAGGUAUUGAAAGUUUACAGACAAAAAAAUCUAUAAAAUGCAUUAUUAAAGUAAAAAGACAGACAUGACUGAUGUAAAAUUUUUAAAUCGAAUCUAAAUUCGUUGCAUUAUUUGCAUUAAUUUAUCGAAGGUAUACAAAUAUGGGGUCCGAUAAGGCAAUAUAGAGAAAAUAGAAUCUCUAAACGAUUAUAAUUAAAUGACAAACAAAAAAAUACAAUUUUUCUUUAAAAUUAUCAUAGAUAAUAUUGAGGAAUUUAACCUCUCCCCCAUUGGCUUAGAAAUACGACCAUAAAUAUGUAUUUAGUAAUUCAAUCUUGAAAUUUAAAUAUUUCAGCCAUGUUACAAUAAAUAUUAUGAUUGAAAAUUAAAACUGACGACUUAUUAUUUAGUAAAUUCUCUCCUCGUCUAUUUAAAAUUCUUAGGAACGAUAAUAUACAACUUCAAUACUACUAUAAUGUAAGUACUAGUACUAGUAAGUACUAGUAAAAUGUUUUAUUUUUCCUUCCAACUUUUUUCAAUAUUUUAUAAUAUUUUAAAAAUUAUAUGAAAUUCCUACUGUAAUUUGUUUACUAUAUUAAAUAGGUUAUGUGUUGGUGAGCGGAGCGUUGACAUUUUUGGUCCCAUACUGGUCCAUCCAUCCGGACGCAGCUUUUCCGGCUGCAUUUGCCGGUCUAGACCUACACUGGAUCAAGUAUUUAGUAUCGGUUGGAGCGUUGUGCGGAAUGACUACUACUCUUUUAGGAUCACUGUACUCGUUGCCCAGAUGUAUUUAUGCGAUGGCCGACGACGGAUUGAUAUUUAAAUUCUUGGCUAAAGUCAACAAAAAAACUCAAGUGUGUAUAAAUAAAAUUGUGGUAUAUUUGUAAAGGUGAUUUUAUUUUAUUUAUUUUUAAUUAUGAUACGUGUACAAGGUAUGAUAAUGUUUUUUGUAAAAAACCAAAAAUAAAUAUCAUAAAAAAUAAAAAAUAAAUAUAAAUAAAAUAUUACGUUACAGGUGCCGUUAAUCAAUUUAGCUAUAUCUGCCUUUAUGUGCGCGUUGAUAGCGUUAUUAUUCGAUCUGGAAAAAUUGGUGGAGUUCAUGUCGAUCGGUACACUGUUGGCUUAUACCAUCGUCAGCGCAUCUGUAGUAAUAUUAAGGUACCAACCGACCAACCGGGGCCUGGUGCGCGAUUCCAGUAGUCUCCUAGAAAUUCCGACUUCGCAGGCAGAUGUAAGAUACGUUUUACUAUAACAAAAAGGAAUUUCAGACUGGUAUAAUAAUACUGGUUUGUUAUUUUUGUAUAUUUUCUUUUUUUUCAUAGUCGUUCGAAAUGGACAUGGGCGGACGUUUAAAACCAUCGUACAAAUGUAUAGAUUGGAUUUUCGGGGAUUUAGAAGCGGGCACCGCUGUUUGUAUGGCAAUGGCUUGUUUUACAAAUUCCACUAUUAUAUUGUGUGUUUAUAUACAAUACUGGUUCAAUAUCGAUAACAUUAAUUGGGUAGACAUUGUAGUGAUAACGUUAUUAGCCAUUGAUUUAGUUGGAUGUAAGUAUGUGCGAUUUGGUAUAAGAAACAAAGUAAUAAUAUUAAUCCUAUAAUACAAAUUAUAUUGAUUAACCCGUGAAAUAUUAGUUUAGGUCAUGAACUAAUGUGAUAACACAAAACAAAUUUGUGAUUGAUUUAAACUAUUUUUUAUAUUAUGAUAUAAUAUUGUAUAAUAUUAACAAAUAAGUCAUUGGCUAAUCAAUACAAUUUACCUUGUUAGUAUAUGACCACCGAGAUUCUGAUUUACUUAUAGAGUCGGCUAAUUUAGUUGGUAAUUACUAAGUAUUUAUUAAUUAUUACUUUCAGGCAUAAUUUUAAUCGAAGCCCAUGAACAAAACUCGACCGAACUACCAUUUAUGGUACCCCACGUGCCUUUAAUACCGGCCCUGAGUAUCGUGUGCAACAUCGUGUUGAUGACCAAUCUUAAUUUGCUUACUUGGAUCAGAUUUUUGAUAUGGAUGGUCAUAGGUAAUUAUAAUAAAUCGACAACAAUGAGAAAUAUUGUGCAAAAUACAUAAUUAUAAUUGUUAUAACAUCUUAUUUAAAGGUAUUUUGAUUUACUUCUUGUACGGAAUUCACCACAGCAAAGAAAACGACGUGACUUCCUAUUCGGUAUUGCUAUCGUCAUCCGAAGCUGGUAAGACUUGGGGCGCCAUAAACAAGUCCAAGCAGAAAAGACAAAAAACCGAAGACGACCGUAAACCAAUUAUCGACAACGAAGAAUUGCCAGAAAAUGGUUAUUACCAUUAAACAGUUUUACGUAAUAUUUUUAUUUAUAGACGAUCCGCUAAAAUUAUUACCCACAAUCAUAUUAUUAGCGAUAUUAUUUAAUUUUUAACAGUGUGUUGUCAAACAAUAUAAAAUUAUUAUAUUCGUUGAAGGGUGCCAUUAAAACAUAGGUAUUGACUAAUAUGAUAUACUAAUACUUCGAGUAAAUUACAUUAUGUGUGUGUGUAUGUGUUCUAUUUAGUAUAUUCACAAUACUGACAGUUUUUUUAUCCGACGGGGGAAGAAUAUUAUUUUCGAAAGUCAUAAUUUUUUCAAGCCCAAACCAUAAAAAAUUCCUGUAUUUAAAAAAAAAAAAAUACAUAAUAAAAACCUAUGCAAAAAAAUUUAUUUUUUUGUCAGAUACAUAUUUGUAUACCUAUGAUCCAUAGACCAUAGAUGUAUAAAUACUGAAAGGGUUCCUAACACCCUGUUUUAGGUUGCCUAGUAGUUAUCGACAUUGUAAGAAAAAAAUAUACUUACCCAAAAGUAUCCUAAUAAUGCUUUUAAAGUCCUAAACAAAUGAUAAUACGAAUACACUUGAAUUUAGUUUCAGUGAUCACGUAUUUCAAUGAUAGGACUUUUAGAGUAAUCGGACAGAUUCGUAAAUACUGGUUUAAGUUAGGCGGUAUCCGAGAAAAUCCUACUAAGAGACUAAAUCAUCCCUUUUAUAAUUUUGACGAAAACAGUAAUUGAGACGUUUUCUUACUGAAAUAAAUGAAUUUUGUAGGAAUACAUGUUAAUUGUACACGAAUAUAUAAACGUUAAUAGUUAGGAAACACCAAUUUUGACCUAGAUACUUUGAUAGCUGGGUAAUACCAUAAUGGCAAAUUAAUACUACACACGUUUAUAGUAUUUUUAGGUAUAAUAGUUAUUGGGUAUUCUGUAUUAUCAUCGGAUAGUCGUAACAGUUGUGUUAUGUUACGUGCUCUACAUUUUUAUCUAGUAUUAUUUUAUAAUUUGUUUGAUGUAGGGGGGAUAAAAUUCAAUUAUUUUGCGGAAUUUUGAAAUUAAAAAUAAUAAUCUAGAAAAAAAGAUGCAAUACUCGUAAACACAUCUAUGUCAAUAUACUUACGCAUACACAAUGAGGACUGCUAAGGUGUGCUAUCUUUGUCGUUAAUAACUUCUCCCGCUCUCUUAAUGGGUACAGACGAACUUGGACGGAAAUUAUUUGCUACUUUGUCUUACAAUGUUUAUCUAUCUCCACUAUAAGCCUAUUUUUUUUUUUAAUACCUAUAUAGAGUAUAGGUCUAUGGUUUUUAAUCAACGAAAUAUUAUUACAUGAAGCAUUCGGUUGUAGGCGGGAUGUUUGAAAAUCUCAUUGAUAUCGCGUUAAUUGUUAAUCUAUUUUGUAGAAACAUAUCGAUUAUUAUUAUAAUUAUUAAUAUUUGAAUAAAUGCUUUAAAAAAAAUUAUUAAUAUACAAUUAUUAUGAUAUUAAGUUUUAUGUUCAAUGUUGUGAAAUUAAUAAUUCUAUAUAUACCUACGGUGUUUAGUGUUAUGAAAAUAUAAUACAAAUGCAUAUAUUAUAUUAUAUUAUAUUAUUGCAUAUAUUACGGUAAACUAAAAUAUAUUCAUUAUCGUUGCAAUUGUAUAAUAACAUAAGUACAUUGUACUGGUUCAAAGUACUUAAUAUUUGUUAUAAUAUUGUAGUAAACACGAUUAAUUAUUAUUAUUAUUAUUCAAAACAAUUAUCACGAGACUAUAUUAUAAUAAAAUUAUUUGUAAAGCUAUUUUGAAUUUCUCAUAUUUAUGUACUUGUUUAUUACUAAUACAAAUGGCAUCCUUUAAUCGUACAAAUAAAAAAAAAAAAAAUAAUAAUAAUAAUAAUAAUAAUUAAUAGUAAUAAUAACUAUUAUAUUAUAUUUACGAUAAUUAUUUAUAGUAAAAUAAUUUAUGUAAUCAUAAUAUAUAAUAUAUCUUAGUUAACAUUGUUAUUUUAAAACAAUAAUAAUACUACUAUUAGUCUAAAUUGUUUUUUUUUUUUUUUGAUUUAACGCACACUUAAGCUUUAUUACAAAUAUAAUAUUAUUUUUUAUUACGUGUAAGUAUAUAAUAUUAUUAUUUAGUUGAUUUGGAUAUGUAGUAGACGAAUAGUAAUUUACGCAUUUAAUAAAACUUAUUACAUUUAAAAUUAUCCGGUAAUUUUUAUAUUUAUAGGUCGACAGAGGUUUUCAUAAUAGAUACACACGAAUGUAUUAGAAUCAUUAUAUUAAUGUUUUAAAUAGUCAUCGUAAUGAAAUAACUAAUUGUAAUACAAAUAAACAAUAUAUUCGGAAC